AUGGUGACAUCGGCAUCUAGACGCUUGGCUGUCGCCAUAUUCGCUAUCAUAGCCGGACUGGUUCUCCAGGUUGACGGUGAGAAGCAAUGGUGGCGAACAACAACUAUCUACCAGAUUUGGCCGCGAUCCUUUAAGGACAGCGAUGGAGACGGAAUUGGCGAUUUGAAUGAUUUGGCCGCGAUCCUUGCCGGACUGGUUCUCCAGGUUCAUGCUGAGAAGCAAUGGUGGCAAACAACGACUGUCUAUCAGAUUUGGCCGCGAUCCUUUAAGGACAGCGAUGGAGACGGAAUUGGCGAUUUGAAUGGUAUCACAAGCAAACUGGAACAUCUAAACGACAUGGGAGUAGAGACAAUAUGGAUAUCGCCAAUUUUCAAAAGUCCACAAGUCGACACUGGCUACGACGUCUCCGACUACUUAGACAUAGACCCAAUGUAUGGGACUUUGGAGGACUUUGACAAUCUAGUAGCUCGCGCCAAGGAACUUGGAAUCAAAGUGAUUCUGGACUACGUUCCUAACCAUACCAGUUCGGAACACGAGUGGUUUAAGUUAUCCGAAAACAGUGUCGACCCCUAUACUGAUUAUUACGUGUGGCACGAGGGAGACGCAUCAGGUAUCACAAGCAAACUGGAACAUCUAAACGACAUGGGAAUAGAGACACUAUGGAUAUCGCCAAUUUUCAAAAGUCCACUAGUCGACAGUGGCUACGACGUCUCCGACUACUUAGCCAUAGACCCAAUGUAUGGGACUUUGGAGGACUUUGACAAUCUAGUAGCUCGCGCCAAGGAACUUGGAAUCAAAGUGGUUCUGGACUACGUUCCUAACCAUACGAGUACGGAACACGAGUGGUUUAAGUUAUCCGAAGCCAGUGUCGCCCCUUAUACCGAUUAUUACGUGUGGCACGAGGGAAUUCUGGAUGCAAACGGUACCAGAAGACCACCAAACAAUUGGUUGAGCGUCUUCAACAGCGGAAGUGCUUGGCAAUGGAGCGACAAGCGACAGGCUUACUAUCUUCAUCAAUUUGAUGUAAGCCAGGCAGAUUUGGACUUCAGGAAUGAAGUAGUCAUUGAGGAAACGAAGAAAAUAAUUACAUACUGGCUGGAUCGCGGUACUGCCGGUUUACGUAUAGAUGCACCGCCAUUUCUGUAUGAGGAUGCUGAAUUAAGAGAUCAACCAUUAUCAGGAAGAAACGUACCUCCUACUGACUAUUUCUACCGACUCCCUAUCUACACCAAGGAUUUGAUUGAGGAUUAUGAACUUGUUCAGAUAUGGAGAGAUCACUUUGAUGAAUAUAAUGCAAAGGCCAAUGAUGGUCUAGAGCGCGUCGUCAUUACCGAGGCAGUCGCUAAUGUGUCUUUGAUGUGUUUAUACUAUAAUUACGGCUCUGAUAUUCCGUUCAAUUUUCUCUUUGUUACAAACAGCGGUAUUCCCGUCGAUGCCAAAACUUUGUCACCUGCAGAAAUCAAGAAUAAGAUUGAUCAAUGGCUCAAGUACAUGCCUGAAGGUGAAACACCUAACUGGGUCCUUGGCACUCAUGACAAAAGUCGCGUGGCCACGCGUUUCGGCUCCGAGAAGAUAGAUAUGUUCAACUUCAUUUUACUUUUGUUACCUGGCGUCAUGACGGUUUACAAUGGUGACGAGAUCGGCAUGACGGAUACGUAUCUAACAUGGGAGGAAACAGCAGAUCCUCAGGCCUGCAGCACUGAUCCUGAGCGUUAUCAAGGAUAUUCUAGGGAUCCUCAGCGCACGCCUUUCCAAUGGGAUGAGUCUACGUCAGCAGGAUUUUCUACGAACACCACGGUGUACUUGAAAGUGAACGAGAAUUAUCGUACACUGAAUUUGGCGGCGCAAAAGGCGGCUGAUAAGAGUCACUAUAAGAACUUCCAGGCAGUCAUGAAGUUCAGGAACACGACAGUGGCCAAAGAUGGAGCCCUGAAGACACUUGUUAUCGGCGAGGAUGUCUUCGCCAUGUCCAGAGAAUUGGAUGGUCACGACCCCCUACUCGUUGUUAUUAACUGGUCGAAGUCUCCGGUAACAGUCAGUCUUGAUGACUUCAGUAACUUCAGUAAGAAACUGAAAGUGCUUCUGUCGGAUGUUAACAGUAAUCUCAAAGUUGGAGACACUGUAUCCAGGAGCAGCAUUACCCUGCAGGGUAAUGCAGCUUUAGUAUUAACAAACUUCGACAUCACCUUUUCGAACUUCUGGAACACGUAUCUGAUACCACACUUGAAGUCCUUCUUCAACGUGAUAGUCAACCAUAAAUAAGAAAAAAAUUCUGCUUACUACUUUUUAAAAUUUAUUGUUUUGUCUGUGGAUUUCUUCAAGAUCAAUGUAGUACCGUUACCUUCCGUCGAGGCGCCACAUGUUUCGUGGCUGGAAUUAUACAGAGAUGAGUGGGGAGAUGCACAACGCUCCGGUCUUAGGCGAUACCAAAAGCAUGGCGCUAAAUCGUGGCGGCGAGUCCGAGAGUAGGAUUUCGUGAUCAUCGCCUCUGUCGAUGUUACAGAUUUCGCGUAGCCGCGCGGGUCAUGAUCAUCGUUCCAGCCGAUAUUGCAUACAGCGCUUCUGCUGCCCUCUCCUGGUGAGAAUGGCUACUAGUUGUGAAGCGUGAAAACCAAAUGAAAAGGUAGUUUAAUAAACGUUGAUUGACAAUA